CAUUGCUGCUACACUAAUACAAAGGUGACUAACAAUUAAUUGAUGACUGUUUACAGCUUGGAGAAUAGCACAGUUUUUGGUGACACUGACGUUUUUUAAUCCUCCUAUUAGCAACAAAACUUCUUCUGACUGCAUACUCUUCCCCACAGUACUCAUUCAUUACAAUGUCAAUGAUUCUCUCGGCCUUCUAUUACUCAACAAAUACAGGGUACAAUAUUUCCACAUAUAUAUUCCUAAUAUGCGGACUCUGUGUGUACGCUGCUUUACGUCUGUUUGAGAAAAUGAGGAGCACUUGUCCUCUUAACUACAUUUCACUGAUAUUUGUGGUUAUUUCAUUGUGUGUGAGUGUUGGAUACUUGUAUCACGACUAUGUCUCCUAUCUUAUAUCACUUGGAGUAACAGUAGUGAUCUCAGCAAUUGUAUUUGUUGUCUGUUCGAAGUUGAAUAAUUUGACAAGAAAGGGAUUAAUCAUAAUUCUGACAACAGCAUCUGUACUUGCCAUUUCGGGAUUGAUUCUGUUUUACUUUCGAGACACACUGUAUCUGAGAAUUCUCGCGGGUAUAUGUCUGUGUUCUGCAGCAACUACUAUAUUGUUCGCUUCAGUCAGUGGAUUCAAGAAACGAUUUCAAAAGUUGUCAUCCACCUUCCCGAAGAUUUUAGAAAUUCUGAAUAUCUUCGUUGCAGGUAUUGCACUCUUUGCAGCAAUAUCAGCAUGCUUCAUUUGAGAAAGCAAAUGAUAAACACAAAACUUAUACUUUGCAUUCAACUCGUGAAUUACGAAAUC